UGCCGGGCCCGGGGUCGUGCGGGCUGCUGGCGCUGGCCUUGUGCUCGCUGGCGCUCAGCCUGCUCGCCCACUUUCGGACCGCCGAGCUGCAGGCCCGGGUGCUGCGCCUGGAAGCGGAGCGUGGGGAGCAGCAAAUGGAGACGGCUAUUUUGGGACGAGUCAACCAACUGCUGGAUGAGAAAUGGAAACUCCACUCUCGGAGGCGCCGGGAGGCCCUCCCGAAGACAUCUCCAGGGUGUCACUGCCCGCCAGGACCUCCUGGUCCCGCUGGAAGACCUGGCCUCCCAGGGGACAAAGGUGCCAUUGGGAUGCCUGGACGUGUGGGAGUAAAGGGCCAACCAGGCGAGAAGGGGGCCCCAGGAGAUGCCGGCAUGUCCAUCAUCGGCCCCCGCGGCCCCCCUGGUCAGCCGGGCACUCGAGGUUUCCCUGGAUUUCCGGGUCCCAUUGGGCUCGAUGGCAAACCGGGCCACCCCGGACCCAAAGGGGAGAUGGGCCUGACAGGUCCCCGAGGACAGCCGGGACCUCAAGGACAAAAAGGAGAAAAGGGUCAGUGCGGAGAGUACCCACAUCGGCUGCUGCCUCUCCUCAAUUCAGUACGACUGGCUCCGCCCCCAGUCAUAAAAAGACGGACCUUCCAGGGUGAACAGGGCCAGGCCGGUAUCCAAGGCCCGCCGGGGCCACCAGGCCCCCCUGGACCAAGCGGACCUCUGGGGCCCCCGGGACUGCCAGGGCCCAUGGGGCCACCUGGCUUACCCGGGCCUCCUGGACCGAAGGGAGACCCAGGAAUCCAGGGCUACCACGGCCGGAAGGGAGAACGGGGCAUGCCAGGGAUGCCAGGCAAACACGGAGCAAAGGGAGCUCCUGGAAUUGCUGUGGCUGGGAUGAAGGGUGAGCCAGGGACCCCAGGAGCCAAGGGCGAAAAGGGGGCUGCAGGCGCCCCUGGGCUACUAGGCCUCCUGGGGCAGAAGGGAGAAAAAGGCGAUGCCGGCAAUUCCAUCGGAGGGGGCAGAGGGGAGCCCGGCCCCCCAGGACUACCUGGGCCCCCAGGGCCAAAGGGAGAAGCGGGCGCUGAUGGCCAGGCCGGCCCCCCGGGACGGCAAGGAGACAAGGGGGAGCCCGGAGCAGCUGGAGACCAGGGACCAGCGGGCCCCAAGGGCACCAAGGGGGAACCAGGGAAAGGGGAGAUGGUGGACUACAAUGGAAACAUCAACGAGGCUCUCCAGGAGAUCCGAACGCUGGCCUUGAUGGGGCCCCCUGGUCUUCCCGGACAAAUCGGCCCACCCGGAGCUCCAGGGGUCCCAGGCCAGAAGGGAGAGAUCGGACUUCCAGGCCCUCCAGGCCACGACGGGGAAAAGGGACCACGAGGCAAGCCAGGAGACAUGGGCCCUCCCGGUCCCCAAGGCCCCCCAGGAAAGUCUGGGCCUGCAGGAAUGAGGGGAGAAGACGGACACGCAGGAAGCCCGGGGGAGAAGGGGGAGAAAGGGGAGACGGGACAGGCGGGCGCACCGGUUCCUGGGCCUCCAGGGCCAGAGGGGCCCCCCGGACCUCCGGGGCUCCAAGGUGUUCCUGGACCAAAGGGGGAAGCAGGACUAGAUGGAGCAAAAGGAGAGAAGGGUGUCCAGGGAGAGAAAGGAGAUCGAGGGCCGCUGGGAUUACCCGGUACUCCCGGACCAAUCGGAGUCCCAGGCCCAGCGGGACCAAAGGGUGAGAGGGGCAGCAAAGGCGACCUGGGGAUGACAGGACCAACAGGAGCGGCUGGGCUUCCUGGUUUACAUGGACCACCUGGGGACAAAGGAAACCGGGGACACCGAGGUUUUAAAGGAGAGAAAGGGGAGCCGGGGUUACCAGGGCUGGACGGACUGGAUGCCCCAUGCCCAUUGGUAUGGCCUCACCCUCCCCUGCCUGCAUGGCUGACUCGGGCCUCCCCACGUGUGUGGUUCUCGUCUGCAUGCCUCUCCGGCCGCCCCCCGACACACACGCCUCUUGCCCCUUCUCUCUCCCCACCCUGGCUGGUCCCCAGGGGCUCCCGCCAUGCCCCCUCGAGCAUGCAGUUUGCCAAGAUGCUUUCUUGGCUUCUUCCCGAGGCUGCUUCGAAAGCACCUGCCCUUAAUGUGAGCCAUCCCACCGCCCCCCCAAGCCAGCUCUGGCUGCACCUGAUUCUCCUUUCACAGCAGCUUCUAGCCCUCCUGCCCCCAGAAAAAAAGCUAGGGAAGUGGAUUCUCUGGACAGGUUCUCAGCAACCAUGACUUCCUUCACACACUGCAGUUGGUUGGGCAAGCAUCCCCGAGCUCCUGGCAAAAGACUUGAAUGAGAUGCCCAAGCCGGUGCCACACCCCUUCCCGCUCCCCCCAUCUCUCGAGGUGGCAGGGGUUGAUGAUGGCAUGCUCACAAACGCGGUAGACUGAGAAGUUCUAGAAUGGAGGUAGAGGAGGGGCCACCCUGCCCGUUCUUCCAGGCUGGGUCUGGGCUCGCUGCCCCAGUGAUACCACCAGAACCAGGGGAUGGUCCAAGAUCAGGGUUUUAGAUGCUAAAGGGCUUGUCCCUUUUGCUCAAACCCUGGAAGACACUAGAAGAUCCUCCCUUGGCUUCCCUUCCUUCCAUCUUUAGAUGGUUCACCACCAGCAAGUCCGGAAGAGAAUGGAAACGUUGGGAAUGUCGUUGAGGAAGAGAGGAGAGGAGACAGGGAGGCACUUAGGAGUCCUCUCCAAGCAUGUCCUGGCGGAGUGGCCACAGUGCUGCUCGCGUCAGGCCCAGGCCCCCUUGGGCACGGACAUUCUCGACCCUGCAGCCAUCCAGGGGAACAGAAGAUGGCACCUUAUUCCAAGGCAGUUGUCUUAAAAGGCUCCUGCUCCCCGAAAUGUCCCCCAGGAGGUCUGGAGUUCACGAAGCUAUCUUCAUACAAGUCAUAGUCAGAUGAGGACCCGGGUCCCACAUCCUGCCCCAGGAUCCCAAGGGAAUUAUCUUUGAAGAGAAGGGAAAGUCCUGUAAGAAAAUGUGCUAUGUGACCCCAAGAGGUGACCACAGAGCCCCGUGAGGAGACUUUUUAGGACCAGUGUACGAAACAAAAGAGUGUAGAGGAGGUUGCUUCCUGUCUCCCCACUGCUGAAACCCCGCCCGGCCUGAUGAACCCAAGCAUGCAGCCAUGGGACCCCCUGGUCCCUCCGGAGCACCUCCAUUACUCACCAGCUAGGUGUCCCCUCUGCCACAUGCCUUCCAUGAUCUGAGCACCUUGUGUUCUGCUAGCUGCAGCCCCAGCCCCCUGCUCCUCUCUCCCAUGCUCCCUCUGCCUGCCUUGCUCUCCUCCGCACCCCCUGCCACCGUCAUGGGCCAAUGGGAAUGCCGCUGUGGCCUGCGGAGGCUCCUCCCCCUUCCAGGGUCCAUGUGAAGUGUUGCACCCCGUGGCGGCUGGGGAAGGGCGGGCUGGGGAAGGGAAGGUCUUCAUGAGGCCCUGGAAUGUAUCACCUCCCCUAGCAGACCCUCCCUGACCCAGAGGGGACAACGAAGGUCAUCUUCCUUUGGUCCUUAAUGAGAACUGUGUUUCCCGCCGUUGCUCCUUUCCCCGUCUCCCGCGCUGUAUUAUUGUGGACAUGGGGGCAGGGGGAGCUAUCUUAGUACGAGAUAACUAGACUUCUUCGGCCCUCCGUGUCGGGCCGGCUGCCUGCUGAACGCCAGGUGAGCGGUUUAGGUACCUCUCGUGGUCUGGGGCACAGAGGGCUCCCCUUCAACUGCUUCUGGGCUGACCACUUGCUCCGGUCCCCGAAACCCUGUGUCCAGCCUUGCUGUACCCUGGAAUGUGAAUUCUAGAAUCUGGGCUGCAAUUCUAGUAGACACAGACUGAAAACCAGAUCUUUGCCCUGGUUCAGCCCCACCCUCCCCACAUUGUCUCAUGGAACUUCCAGAUUCCCCAAAGGGUAUGCCAGAGAGGCGGGGACACCGGGGCCCGAGAAGACUCAGGUGCUCCUCAGGGGCCCAGCAAAGGAGACAAAUGGUGCACAGUUGAGGUCCAUCCUCCACUUCAUCACCCCCCCCACAUUCCCAGCGAUGGCUAAGGCUGUGCCAGAGGCCAGCGUCGCCUUGCUGAAGGCACCUCAGAGCCACGUGGUAAUACAUAUGCGGCGGCUUGCCCCUUUGUGUCCCAUCCUCCUCCUUAUUGACUGUCACAUGGACCUGCCUACACAUCCUCCUCCUUCAGCUAAGGAAGAGAGGCAGCUCAGAUGGCAGGAGAGCUGGGGACACCGUAGCGGCCAUCUCAUACAGCCACGCCUUCCCCAGGCUUUACAGAGCAAGAGACAGGCCGCCAAGUGCUGAGAGACUUACCCAUGAUCACCUAGCCCUCAGGACAGCCAGCGCAGAGACCCGCGGGGCUUCGGGCUGUCCUUAAUGGGGCACUCAGGUCACCCUGCUGCCUGACCCCACAGGCUAGGGCAGCCCCUCUCGGCCUUGCACUGCAACUACCUGGGACCCUAGUCAAGGGGACGUCCGCCUGGCUUGCCUCCCAGCCCCUUCCGAGGCUCUGUCCCACGGCAGAGAAGAGAAAUAGACAGGAGGUGGGCUGUACCCAGAUCAGCUGCCGCAGGGUUGGUGGCCCUUGUCCCCCCAUCCCGCCCGCUUGGGGGGCUGUCUCAGAGUCUGAGCAGUCUGCCUUCCUUCC